CAAAUGCAUCAAUAUUUUCACCUUGGGUAAAUACAACUGAAAUAUUAUUAUGCCACUCUUUUCAUUUAACAAUAUUGAUGAGGAUUUGGCAUCCAAAUUUGUCCCAUAUAUACUCAAUCAACAUUGUUUUGCAUUAACAACUCUAAAAUACCGAAUUCUUGGUCCAAAUUACCCUCCAGUGGCACUGGCAUCCACCGCCAAGAGAACUAUGCACGUGCGUUAGGGAUAAGGUUGGCGUUAAAGUAUGCGAUGAUUAAAUUUGAUAUAUGCCGUUUUAUAGGCCAGCAGUUGACCGAAUUAGAUAUGAGUUUUAAUAAGAAAAAUCCGUUAUUAUACCCAGCUUUUCUUGCAUAUAGUACACAAGCUUUGCUGGCUUUGUUGUUGGGGGCUCGACUGGAAAAUAUUAAUAAUACUCCGCGAAGACAAGUCGAAUUCUACUGGGAACUUGAAUACUUGUACACGCGUAUUUUUUUCUUCUUAUGUUGUGUUGAAAAAGUAUGAAAUAAUCGACACAGCAUAUUCAAUAUUGGCAUUUCGUGAUUUGUUGAUACCGUAUCGGACUCAGGCUAUGCUUGUUCGUGAGAGGAGACGAUCACGAGAACAUCCCGGGGCAACGAUAUUGGACAUCGCCAGACGUCGGGGAGGAAGGCGAACUUCUUGAGAAGACGAUGAUUUUUGGAUCGUAAGCCAGAAUUGUAUUUCUUGAAGAUGGAUUAAUUUACUCGUAGUUCUAAGCCGAGGCUGGAUAUUGGUGGUCCCAGUGGGAUUUGAUAUCAUUAUUUGCUUCCUCUCCAUCAGUUGGUUGACCGGAAUUUAGUUUCAGUGCGAUUUUGGAGUUAACAGUGAUGUCCAUUUUCGAGUUGUGGGACCGCGGGGUUGAGCAGAUUUCUCGACAAUGUGAUAUUUGGUUGUGACGGUGUUCUGGGACUUCUAUCUCUGUCUGACUGAGGAUUAGUUUGUAAAUGUGAUUCUUAGGAAAGGUUUAAAAUGUCCAUGGUAGCUCCGUCGGAUAUUACCUGCACCACCCUCCAGAUGACCAAUGACACUAGUAACGGUAGAGACAAAAGUAUAUCAGGGAGUCCGCGGUCCAGAGAGGAGAAAAAUAAUGACAAUGGGGCCGACUCGUUGGAAGAGGAGACACAGGCUGCCUGGGCGAAUGAGGAGCUCGAAAGUAGUGUAGCAGACGAGGAUGCGUGGAGCUCUUGUGGAAAUGGAUUGCUGACCCCGGGGCACCAGACGUCACAGGGUGUCCACUUGAACAGCAAGGGGGACGCAGAGGGCGUACACACGAACAAUGUGAGGGACACUCACAGCCCCAAAAAAGAAAACGGGUUUGGAAGUGAUUCUUCAUCUCCUGAUAACAAACUCCGCUCAAAUUCGAAAUUGGAUAAAAUUACUCCAACAAAAAAGUUAAAAUAUCUAUCACAGUGCGCAACACAAUCGGAUGAACCAAGGAUACUAUCGAACACAAGUUUGAUAUCACGCAACAAAACAUUUUAUCAUGAAGGACAGACACCGUCUCUACGUCAUUGGGAGGGUAGUGUGGGAAGUUUGAGUCGGUACAACACGUCUUUGUCUUUUCAAAAUGACGGAAAACAUUCACAGAAAGUGCAAAAUGGUUCAAAACAUUGGGAAGGGAAUAAAAGUUUUGAUGGCCAUGCGCAAGGGACUAUGCAUAGGCAGAAGACUAUAAUUCUCAGUUCAAGUAAUGCGCACGCUAAUAAUGAGAAACACUGUGAUUUUCUUGUCACUUCAUGUCCAAUGCCAGGGUUUUCACGCAGUAAAACUGUCGGGUUCGGCCCGUCAAAAGGGUUUCAAGCCAAAGAUACUAAGCGCGACCCAUCGAACCCCCAGCUAUCUUCCAGCACGAUGAUCCGUCGGAUCACAUCCAUGUCUGAUACAGAUCUCUCAAAGAGACCAUCAAGAGGAAAUAUGCAGACUGAAAAUGAGGCCCCCAAGAACUUGGACCAGGCUGCCCCAAAGAUGGAAUACAAGGUGCCCAAAGCUAUGUUGCCCAAAACUGGUCUUAUAAAAAUCACUUCCUUACAAGAAGAGAAGAAGAACCCGGCACUGUAUGAUGAUUAUCUCAAAAAGAAUCAAGGGCAAACUAAACACCACGCCACUGUUAACAAGAUGAAGUUAACCGGUCACCCUACAACAAAUCACAUCAAGUUCGUGGGUCGAAGGGUCAAGCCUGCGCCACUCUCACAUCAGAAGCUGAUGAAGAAACAGAAGGAGAUGCUGAAACAUCAACAACAAGAGAAAGAGCAGCAGGAAUUAAGGGCUGAGAUGUCUCAGGACGUGCAGCCCUUCACCUUGGGGGACCUACAAAGAGGAAUGCUCAACUUUGAUAUCCUUCCACCAAAUAGGAGGAAGGCAAGCCAGGAGCAUGAAUUAGACCAGACACUGCUGGCGAAUUCAGAGGAGUUUGGAGACAAGAAGACACAACUCCCUCCCCUGGAGCUCAACUCCCCAAGAGACAAUAUCUUACCUCCGAUAAGGACUUGAAGAAACUUCUUUGAAUAUCAUGAUUCCUGAAGACGCAAAUUUAUAAGCCCACUGGGUCUUAGUUUUAGAACCGAGGAGGUGUCAAAUUACGUCGAUUGUAUAUUUUAUACAGUUUUUCUAUAAGAAUGUGAAUAA